AUGUCCGCCAAACGCACAGGCCAAAUGUCCAAGCGGGUAUCGUUUUCCCUGCCGGACCAGAGCCCAGCAGCUCCUUCCACGCCAACACCGCAACGUGUCUUGAAUCCACACAUUGGAUUGCCCACUCCAGACACGUCAACUCCAAUCUCGAGCGCGCACUACCAAACCCCAAACACCGCGUCACCCACUCCAAACUGCCAGCUGCAAAUUCCGAACACUCCAACUCCAAACACCUUCUCCCCUUCAAGUAGUCACUUGCACACCCCAAACAGCUCCUUGUUAACUACAAGGACUGGCUUGCCCAGCCCGACUCGCAAUCCGUCGCGCCAACCUAGCUCCAAAAAUCUUGUCUCCAGGCUCUCACCAAAUUGGUAUUUCAAUGAGCAAGACACAGAGCUAAUCCGUGCUGGAUACGAACCUCAGUGGUCUAGCAAACCAGCCGACACAACAUCUACCUCCACAGCAAAGGGCAAGAAAGAGCCCGCAACCAAGUCCGCCAUGGCCGAACCACGCGCGCGGAUGGCCCGACACAAGGGCCAAAUGAACUUCCAGAAUGAGCUUCGCCUGCUGCUUCUUGCCUACGGCGACCCCAGCCCGCACCCGAGCUUCCCAAACGAACCACUUCCUGAGACAGUCCGCGUGCUGGACGAAAUCGUCACCGACUUUGUGCUGGAACUCAGCCACGGUGCCGCGCAAGUCGCGCACCACGCCCGCCGUCAGAAGAUCAAGGUCGAGGACUUCCGCUUCGCACUACGUCGCGACCCGAAUAAGCUCGGUCGUGUCCAGGAGCUGUUGCGCAUGGAACGUGAACUGAAGGAAGCCCGCAAGGCAUUUGACCAGAAUGAUGACCAGGUUGCCAAGGAAGCUGGAAAGAAGGGUGCUGCCGCUGCGGCCGCGGCUGCUGCUGCUGGUGAGGACCCCGUGGCUGCUGAAGCUGCUGCUACUGCUACGGUUACCAAGAAGAGCAAGGGUAAGGGGAAGAGAGGUGCUGCGAUCCGUCGAGGAUCUGAUGCUACUGAGGAGUCGGUUUCGAAGAAGCGCAAGACGAUCGGCUGA